GCACUACUCCGAGAACGAUAGUUCAUAAGGCUGUGUUCAUCCUCAUGUUCCCACACUGCUCGGGCUAGCUGUGCGGGUUUGGGUUCCAGCGGAGCGUUGUCCCUGCUCCCUUCGGGCUGGACUGAGGUGCUGCGUUGGUUUCGCUGUUCCCGCUGCACCAGCAGAAUCCGAUGGCGGUGGCCACCCGCAGCGACCCAGCUCAUGACUUUGUGACUUUUGAGGAUGUGGCCAUCUUCUUCUCCAAGGAAGAGUGGAGGCUCCUUGAUGAGGCUCAGAGGCAGCUGUACCUUCGUGUGAUGCUAGAGAACUUUGCACUUGUAACUUCAUUGGAUUGCUGGCAAGGUAUGGAGAAUGGAAAGCUACCUCUUGAUCGAGUUUCUGUUAAAGGAUUCUCACUGGUCAGGACCCUGAAAGCAAGUCCAGCUAACCAGGAGUCUCACCCACAUGACAUAUAUUUGCCAGUCUUGAAAGGCAUUUUGAACCUGGUCAAUCAACUUAGGCAGAAAUCACAUUUGAUCAGUAUGUGUUUAAACCUUCCCCAGGACCAGAAUCAUCCCAACUCAGAAAAUACCUUGAAAAGAUACUCACAUAUUGCCUCACUGGUGAAGAACUACAGAAUUCAUGUGUCACAAAAGCCCAUUCCCUCUGCAGAAGUUGAAAAGUACUUUCCGGAUGCACUGGACAUUAUCCCUCCACAGACUGUUCCCAUUUGUGAGCAAGCGAACCUAGUCACUGAAUGUAGAGAGGGCUUUCAAACUAGAAUAGGGUGUUCCACGAGGCGUGAACACAGAGAAGCCACCAGCCGUGAACACACUCAGGAUCACCACCCAAGAGCCAGUGCUGGAAAAAGACUUUCUGAGUCUACUAAAUGUGGGAAGGUCCACCGCCGCAAAAACUCUUUCACUCAUCCCUCAGGAGCCCAUGGUAGAGAAAAGUCUUACAAGUGCAAUGAAUGUGGAAAAUCUUUUCGACAGACCUCCCACUUAAAUAACCACCUCAGAAUCCACACAGGUGAAAAGCCCUAUGAAUGUGGUGAGUGUGGAAAAUCAUUUACCCAAAGAGAUACCCUCAUAAAACACUACAGAGUCCACACGGGAGAAAAACCCUAUGUGUGUGAAGAGUGUGGAAAAUCCUUCAGGCAAAUUUCCAACCUUACUGAACACCGCAGAAUCCACACUGGAGAAAGACCUUAUGAGUGUGAUGAAUGUGGGAAAUCCUUCGGGUGCAAGUCAACUCUUGUUCGGCACCGGAGAACUCAUGCAACCGAAAAGCGUUGUGCAUGUGAUGAAUGUGGGAAAUUUUUCACACACAGCCAUAAUCUGCUUGAACACCGGAAGAUUCACACUGCAGCAAGGCUUUCUGGGUGUGAUGAGAAUGGGAAAUCCUUUAGCCAAAGAGACACGCCCAACAAGCACCAUAAAACUCAUAGUGCAGAAAAGCGUCAUGUGUGUGGCGAUUGUGGGAAAGCAUUCAUUUAUAAAUCUAGGCUUGUUCGACACCAGAGAUCUCACACUGGGGAGAAACCGUUCGAGUGCAAAGAAUGUGGGAAAUUUUUUCAAGAAAGCAAUGGUCUUAUGCAACACCAGAAACUUCAUACUGGAUUAAAGCCUUUUAAGUGUGGCCAGUGUGGUAAGUCUUUUGUCCAAAAAUGUCACCUCUUUCAACACCACGUAAUUCACACAGGAGAAAGGCCAUACGAAUGUGGGAAAUGUGGGAAAUCUUUUCCUCAGCAGUCUAGUUUCUUACUCCACCGAAAAGUCUCACACCAUGGAGAGGCUUCAUGAAAAUAACAUGCAGAAGUAGUUUCAGCCCAAAGUGUAAUAUCCUUUAGUUCUUGGAAGUUUAUACUGUGCUCAAGAAGAUACAGACCUGCAGCAAAUGUUCUCGUUUUUGUUUCUUGUAUGUUUUUUUCAGUAUUAACUUUAUAAUAUGGAACUACUUGCCUGAAGUUGAAACUUAUAUUUUCAAAUAUUCAGGGUGUUUUUAUUCCUUGUAGGUUCAGGCAUGGGUGGGGUUUACAGGAACUGCUCCGUACAUGCUAAUGUGAUUCGGGCCCUUGUCUGAGCUGUAGUCAAGCCAUUUUCUCUGGUAGAAACCAUUUUCCUUUAUCAGCUUGCUCACUGUGCACUGGUCUCCUCAACAUGCAAAGGAGAGAUGAACAUCUGCUGGUUCCCUGGAGGAAAUCGUGAGCAAAGCCUUAAGGGGAGAAUCAUUUUUGUUUUGCUUUGGUUUUCUCUCACUGGUUGAAACAUACAUCUGUCAUGAUUUUUUUUUUUUUUACCAGGGGGAACUAGUCUUCAAUCUGUUGGGGUUUUCCAGCAUUGUCUUUCCUGCAUAGAAAUUGUUGUCUCAUACUGAUACUGUGGUUAAUUUGGCCAGCCCUCCA